AUGGCAGAAAAAGUACCACCACAACAUCAAAAUUUAAAAAAAUUGCACCAGAGACAAGAGACAAUAGACAAGAGGCAAGAGUCAAUAGACAAGAGGCAAGAGACAAUAUACAAGAGACUAAACAUCCAGAACAUAAAGAAGCCGAUAAAGAAAAAUAAGAGAAAUUUCAAGAUUGAAAAUCAAUUAGAAUUUUUCAAAACAUUCUCAUCACGUGACAUGCAUAAAAACUUUUUAUGCGCGGAUUUCCAGUACCUCUGCGGGCUGGCAUUCUCAAAUGAUGAUUGUGUGGGCUUGCUUGUAUUCAAAUUUGUGUCUCUGUCUGCAAAAUUGGAACACAAACGACAUUUAGCUAAUGAGAAUUUUGCUCUUGGUAUUUGGUGGGAGUUUAUUAUCUAG